CUCACCAUUGGAUUCCAGUUUCUCCACCUCUAUUUUAAAACUGAGGUUCCAGCAGGCCAUUGUUGCAGAAUUCGACGACGAUUGUUCAACAAGUGCAUCACAUGAGAGGGAGUUAUGAAAGUCCAUUCUUACAAAGAGAUCGUCGCUCAAGUCAUGAGAUGUUUGACCUUACCUCGGGACGGAUGUCAAACCUAGAUGAGCAGGAAGAUUCAGCCACAGAGAGUAUGGCAGAAACAACUGGUGAAGCAAAGGAUGGAUAUGAAGUCAAGGUCAAUAGAGACCAUAUUGAUAGCGACCUGAACAAGUACAAUAGACCAGAGCUUGAGCCAUAUUCAGUAUCAAACCAUUGCUUGAAUGUUCAGGAUGAAUACGAGAGUUCAUUGAACGCCGAUGUCGAAGAGGACGAAGGAACUGAAGAGGAGGAGGAGGAUGAGGAAGAAGAAGGAUACGAAGGAGAAGAAGAAAAGGAGGAGGAGGAUGUGGAUGAAGAGGAUGCGCCGAUCAUAAAUGGACUUCUCAAAUCGAUUUACGCACAAAAAAACCGGCUAUCGGCGUCUGCCAAUGACUUGGUGUUCGAUAGCGAUUGCGACUCUCAUUAUCAGCAUACCUCUAAGGGUCAUGGAUAUGAAAGCAAUCGAGAUGAACUCUAUGACAUUACUCAUGGGUCUGAAAAGGAGGAGAAAAAACUUGAAGAUCAUCAAAAGGCAUUGGAUCAACGUCGCGGAGAAUCCCUGAAUCGACUCACUUCAGCCUGGAAUGAAAUCUUUGAGCGAUAUGGGAAGGAAACUGAGGAUAUGUCAACGGAUGAUGAAAUUGACUUAUCAACAGGGGAACUGAUUGUUGACAAUGGAGUCCUGAGAUCGAAAAACAUAACACUCUUUGGAUCAUUGACGACCCUUGGUAAAGAAAUUAAACAAUCAAAAAAGAGUGUCCUUAACGAGAUAAACGACGUCAGACAACAGCUACAACAACAACACUAUCGACGUCCCAAAAUUUUGAAUAAUGAGAACCGUGUAUGUCCCUCCUCUACGUCUCCUGAACACCCUCUCCAAACCAGUGAGGCGGAAGGACAAGAAGGCAAUGGGGUUAGAGCAGACUUUAACUGGAGCACCGAUGAUGAUGUCAACGAUCCAACGUAUGCGCCUCCAUCUAAACCGUCUAAAAGGACAUCAAUUCUAUUGAAGCCUUCGUUGGAUAGGAAAUCACCAGAUCGUCAUCAUCAACGACAGCGCGAAUACUCUAGUAGAGCCCGUUCAACAAAGCGGAGGUCGUCCAUAGAACCGAGUUGUGGUUUUGAUGAGGAGAAUGAGGAAGAUUUAGACGGUCAGGAGGAAGAUGAAUUGGUGUUGAAGAAGGAUAACGCUGAGGAAGAGAAUAUACUCUUACUGUAUCGCGGAGUCGAAUCGGAAUCAGACCAUCAGACUGCUGUGAAUGAAGGCGAGGACAAGGAUAAUGUAUACUGGUUAAUAUAUCAGGGGAAUUCAGAGGAUGAAGAGGAAAGCUAUGAGGAUGACAAAGGAGAUAGACAUACUGGUCAGUACACCAAUGGCUGUGCCGAUAUUGGCUAUGAUGCUGUCCAUGUUGAAGAGUAUACGGAUGAAGAAAGUAGGUCCUGGCUGCACAACUCUUACGAAUCAUUGGUUGAGGGGGAGGAGAAAAAGAAAGCUGCCCAGGAUAGCAACUACAGUAUAAAGGAUGCAGUUUGGCUACAGGAUGACACCGUUUCCGACAGGAGAAUUGUGGUAGGACAUGAUGAUGAAGAAUCCAGGUUUUGGUCCCAAGGCCCAACUACAACUGAGAUCAAUAAUAAUAAAAAUGACAAGCAUAGACUUUGGCUGCUGCAGUCUAGACAUAAGUACGAAGCAGACGACGGAGACCUAGACUCAGACAAGGAGAAUCGAUAUCAAAGAUCACGAUUUCGAACCUUGGAUAUAGAAGAUGAUGGACUUGAUGAUUCCAAGAGUUGGUUCGCGUCUCCUUCAUGGAAAAAGCUGACCAUACCGGAUGCCUACCUUUUGGAUACAGACUCCGAGCAUGGGAAAAGCCCCCUGACAAAGAACAAGGAAGAAGACGAUGAUGAUGAUGAUGGCUCUGAAUCUGAGCCAAGAUUCCAACCACAGUUAUUCCCGAAAGGAAGUAUGUGUCAAUCCUCCUCUUGUCCACUCUCAGAACCACUGCCACUAAGGCCAAGAUGGAGACAUUCAAAGAUGAUACCACAAGCAAGGAUCUUGGCAAAUGCAUUAAUUUCCAAGCGGUCUUUAGCAGACACAACUGCUGCUGAUACCGCUGUUACCACCAUUACUACAGUUACUACCACCGCUUCUACUACUUCUGCUGCUGCUGCUGCUGCUGCUGCUGCUGCCACUGCUAUUUCUGGUACUGCUUCUAAUAUUGCAAAUCGCAAACCAAGGAUGGAUGUCUCUUCAUCAUCUUUCAAGAGAACGUUUGAGUCAGCAUAUAUAUCCUCAUUCCCUGAAAUAGGGCCCAGACUGCUGUUCGCUUCGCACCCAACAGAACCGUCGCCAUCCAAACGGAGACGGGCAGAUAUGAUGGAUUUCAGUGUGUCGAUGGAACGCUCUCCAACGGGAGAAAAGUAUUUUGUAUAAUAACAUCGCAGGCCUUUUAUCAUGAUUGCAAACACGAAUAGAAUUAAAUAGCCUGUCCGUCCAUCAGAAGAUGCUAUCUGUCCUUACUCUAUCACUUUGAGCUAUUGACGGCAGGGUGUAGUACGACACACUUAAUUUUUGGAUUAGGGAGGGGAGAAAAGAAAAAUGUAUCAAGGAUAUGGCAAUGGAGAUGGGAUUUUGCAGAGCGUCUGGCCCAAGAUCAUCCUGCCAAUAUGUAUAACAGCUGACAAUUAUGAAAGAC